CCAGCCGACAUUAAAAUCAAGAAGAAGAAAUUCCAAGAUGGCGGCCUCCACGGCAUCGCGUGAACUCUUCACGGAGGGAGUUCGGGCGGUUCUUCAGACGUGGCCGGUUCUACAGAUCGCCGUGGACAACGGCUUUGGAGGCGUUUACGGCCAGCAGAAAGCUGAUUGGAUGGUGGAUGUCAUUCAGCAGUAUUUCCAUGACAACGCUGACCUGCAGCAGUAUGAGGUUGAGGAUUUCCUGUCUCAGCUGAUGGAUCAGGAGUUUGAUACGGUGGUGGAGGACGGGAGCUUACCUCAGGUGUCACAGCGUCUGCUGCAGCUGUUCUCCCUCUGGCAGCAGGGGGCGCUGGAGCAGCUCCGCAGCGCCGUCCACACACUGACUCAGAGCAAGACACCGAGGGCAAAGGUCACGGCUCCGCCCGCGCAGUCGGAUGAUGAGGAGAGCGACGGCGAAACGCAGAGCAUGGAGUGUGAGGAGUCCCGCCCGUCCCUCAGCACCAUACGUCCUCCUCCUCAGGACGAAGAGGACGGCUGGACCGUGGUCCGGAGGAAGAAGUGACGAGCAGAACCAGAACUCAGAACCAGAACUUUACAAACCGGACUUGAACUGGACUUUGCUGUGGAGCCGCCAUGUUGGGGGCGGAGCCUCCAGGAAGGCACUUCCAACUCCAGAUGAUCCGGUUCUGAUGGACUAGUUGGAUAACUAUCUUCAUUUAUUCAGAACAUUAAAAUGGGUCAAAUUAAACAGAACCAAUCAAUUAAAAAAUAUAAAACCAUUAAAAGUCUUUUCAGUUCUGGUUCUGCUCUCAGGUCCAGCAGAACCAGAAGCAGGUGGAAACUUUCAGGAUGACGGAUCCGAUCUGAUCCAGUACCGUUACAGAACCACAUGCUAGCAUAUUAAACUGGACCCGGAUUCCCUGGUUCUGUGCUGCUUUAGGUAAAAUUCUGACUGGUUCUGGACGUUUCAGUUCUUUGAAGCUAAAAAUAUUAAAUAUUUUUAUUAUUAAUGCCACCAUGCCAGUUAGCAUUAGCUGAUGGACCUUCAGGUGCUAAUUAACCUUAGCUGCAAUUAGGAGCUAAUGAUGCUAAUUAGCUGCUGAAGCUUCUUCAGAUGUUCUGGAAUAUUUUCACUAAAAUCAUGAAGUCGUUUUUCGUGGAGUUGUUUACAAUAACGGCUUUUAUUCUGAAAGGUAAGUUUAUGAUGUCAUGAAUAAUGAAUAAGUGCUGCUGGACAUUUUGUUGGUAUUUAACCCCCUGCGGUCUGUAUUCAGAGCAGAAUUUAAAUGAAAGAUAUGAAAACGUCU